AUGUUGAACGUAAAGCCUGAUUUAGGUUUCUUUACAGAAACUUGGUUACGUGAAACCAUCAGUGACAGCCAAGUUAAUAUUCCUGGUUACUCGUUUAUCGCAAGAAAUCGUUGUGUGGAUAUCCAUGGUGGUGUAGGACUUUACAUCCAUGAUUCCAUCAAAUUUAAACCACUCGAUGAAUUUUCGGACCCUGAUUUUGAGUCACUUUGGGUGUGGCUGAGGCCAAGGAGGCUGCCUAGAGGAUUUCCCUGCCUGGUUGCUGGUACCGUCUACCACCCACAGUUAGGCGUUAACAAUAGUGGUAUGCUUAACCACCUUACUACUACACUGACUGACAUUGUGGGCCAGUAUCCCGGUUGUGGUAUAUUCGUGUGCGGCGAUUUUAAUCGGUUGAGCCUUAGCCGCCUCACGUCGCAGUUCAAGUUGAAGCAAAUUAUUGAUAAGCCAACGAGAGGCGAUAAGAUACUGGACCUCGUUUUGACCAACUUGUCACAUACGUAUGACGAGAACGCUGUUUACACCCUGCCACCGUUUGGUCUUUCAGAUCAUAACGUGGUCAUCGUCCGCACUAAAAAGAGGCCAUCCCGCGCUAGGCCUAGCAGAAAGUUAAUUUCGAGGCGUGACACACGUGCCAGUAGGAAAGCCGAACUAGGACGGUUCUUUUCAGCCGUUGAUUGGUCCAUUUUGGAUUCUGCCCCUAAUAUUGAUGAUCGCUCUAGACAACUGUGUGACAUCAUCACCGCAGGUCUGGACGCUAUCAUGCCCGCAGUGAAAUCUAAGGUUCAUCUUAAUGACCCUUCGUGGAUUACACCUGAAUUUAAGACUCUAAUCGCCAAGCGUCAGCAAGCUUUUAUGUCAGGGGAUUUAGCCAGCUUCCGUCAGCUUCGAAAUACUGUUAACCUGGAGCGGAAAGCUCUUCGUGAGAGGUUUUUUGCCUCUAAAGUUAAACAUCUAAAGAACACCAAGCCCUCCCAAUGGUGGGGGGAGGUCAAGCGUAUCGCUGGGAUGUCUCCUGCAUCAGGUUCUGACAAUCUGCGUUCGCUACUCCACGUUGAGGGACUGGAUCACCAACUUCCAGACCGUGAUGUUGCAAAUGCCAUCAAUUCUGCCUUUCUGGACCAAAUGAAGUCUUUCUCGUCACUCGAUGCUACUCCACCCUUCGAAGCGAACUCAGCGGUGGUAACCAUUUCUGAGGUCGAUGUUUUGACCGCAAUCAGAAAGUUGAACCCCCGCAAGGCUGCAGGUCCCGAUGGGAUACCUAGUUGGGUGUUUAGGGAAUAUGCUGACUUUAUAGCUAAGUCAGUGACUUCCAUCCUUAAUUGUAGCUUUGCUGAGAAACAACUUCCCCCAUCUUGGAAGCUGGCGGAUGUGGUACCCAUUCCCAAACAGAAACCUGUCGAAGACAUCAACAAGCACUUACGACCCAUUUCCCUCACACCAAUAAUUUCCAAAUUAGCCGAAGACUUCGUGGUAUCUGCGUUCAUCGGUCCCGCUGUGUUGAAAAUUAUCGAUCCCGACCAGUUUAGAGCCUUACCGAAAUCCUCCACGGCCCUAGCUCUGACGUCCAUGCUCCAUCACUGGAGCAUGGACGCGCAACUGAUGGCACGGGAUCUGCAGUCAGGGUGGUCCUGUUUGACUACCGCAAAGCUUUUGACUACAUUGACCAUCAACUGCUCACACACAAAAUUUACAGUCUUGAUAUCCCUCGGGGAGUAG